AUGUGUUGCUCACCUUCUCAUCCCAUUCAGGUCGACGUGACCGAGAUCGCCAAGGACAUUGACGAGGCCACGGGGGACCUGCGCAGGCGCUAUCUGGAGUGCGAGGACUUGAUGGGAGGCGGAGAAAGCCCGGCACUGUCAGAGUUCUUGAAAUUGCACGAGAGGAGUGCGUCGAAGAAGGUGAAGGUGCACGGAGUUGACAGCGAAGGUGAAGCAGUGAUGCACAAGUACAAGCUACAUGAGAGGAAGAUUAAAGGGCACGAGUACGGCAGCACGUACACGGAGUGCGAGAAGCUGUGCGCGAAAUUCGCACAAGACAUAGUGGCCCAAGCCGCGGCACAGCGCGACCGCAAGACCCGAGAGUACCUGCACGGAUGCGCUGCUAUCUUCGACAACAAGCUCCCUGGCUUCGACCUGCAAGCAGUCGAGAAGGAGCUUGCCACGUGGGCUCCUAUCAUGGCGGUGCACCACGAGGAUGAGGGGUUUUUUCAAGGGCUGAAGAACUUCAUGGGUGUGGCUGAGUCCUCCAGGCGCCCGGCGAAGACUCCAGUCUUCGCUGCAGCAGAGAGGAAGCGCAAGAUGAAGGAGCUGGCGGACGACCAGGAACGGGAGAGGGUAGUGCGCGAGCUGGAGUGGGAUCGUGAUGAGUCAGAUGAGGACGACGAGGAGGAGGCCUAUGAUGAGGACCAGGCGCUGCUGGAUGACGACCCUUUCCGCGAGGAGGAUGAGGAGGAGGCCUAUGAUGAGGGCCAGGCGUUGGACGACGACCCUUUCCGCGAGGAGGAUGUGGAGGAGAUAGCCAUGGAUCAGCCUGAGAGUUAG